AUGAGUGGCGAUUGCGUGGAAGAUUUGGAGCUCAUAAGCAAGUUUUCCGACAUCUGUUCCGUCGCUGUCCAAGAGAACAAGAAACCUAUCGGGGACGGGACAACGGUUGGAAAUUUUGUCGGACUCUGGCGCCUCUUUGACAACGGUCAAAGCAUUUCCAGUCCCAAAUUGGCGGCUUUGACGAGCACAAAUAUGGCCAAAUUGAAGAAUCUCUACCCACAAAAGGGUGCCAUUCAACCUGGAUCGGAUGCGGACUUCCUUCUCAUCGAUCCUUCUUCCACAGAUUUGCUGGUUCAUGUCGUUUCAAAAGGAAAAUUGUCCGUUCACGAGAGCCAAGCUUUACCGCCUUCCUUCAUUGGAUCUAUCUUGGACACUCCCACGUAUCCGCCGAGAUAUUACGAUGUCGUUCAAGAUCUGGAAAAGACUCGAGAAAUUGAACGAGUGGGAGUAACUCGUGUGGAUGAAAUGGACGCUGUCAAAGCCUCCAACCCUCCAUCUAUCAUGGGCACUCCCGAGCGAGUGGUUCAACACCCACGUAGACCCAUGUCACACAACGUGGCAUCAGUGCGAGAGGGCAGAUAUUCGAGACCCUUGAGCGCCCAUGGGAUCCGCAAUCAGCAAGAUUCGACCUUCUCUCUCUCAUAAUAACUCGAUCGGAUGGUCAAGAUCAACAUGAUUGUCGCCCUGGCAAACCGAUCUUGUUCGGAAACAUGACUCCGCAAUCGAACCAUAACCAUUCCAGCAGCUUUAAAUUGAACAAAACAGUAUUGCAUGAUUGGCAACACCAAAAAUUGACGAAUAUCGCUCGUUUUUUGUUACACGCUUCACGCCCAGUCAUCAAGGCUACAUACAAGUAUUUGACCCUC